UUUGCACUCUUUUUCAAGAGGAUGCCCGUCGUUGAGUGCCGUGUAUAUGUGUGCGCAAUCCCGUAUUUUAAAUAACGAUAUUAUUGAAAAAAUCGGUGUACCCAUGCGUGUUUUUAAACACGUUGAAAGACGAAGCCAAGGCGAAGAACUACUGGAUGUGUAUAGAAAAGUUCGUGCUGACAGAACACUGCCUGAUUUUACCGGAAACGUGAAUUUUAUGGUGAACCGGGAGAAAUACGAAGCAGUUAUGGCGCAUGCCAUUUUAGAAAAUGCAAAAGAAAACUACAAUCUGGUGCUUCGACCGUGGCAGUCAAAUGUUGUUCAAAUUGCUGGACAACAGUGUAACCGCAAUGUCCUAUGGGUGUGGGAUUACGACGGUAACUCAGGAAAAACCGAACUGGCCUGGUUUUUCAUGAUGAAAAUGAGAUACCAACUUUUAACGCCAGGCCGCAAUCAUGAUCUCUGUGGCCUUAUCAACCCUUUUGCAAAAGGAUACGUGUUUGAUUGCGCAUGGAACUCUUUCAGUUCGAGUGGCAUCAAAAGAGUUAAUGCAAUAUACGAGAUUCUGGAGGAUUUAAAAAACAAUUUUCUCGUUAGCGGAAAAUACAAAAGGUGUGAGAAAGUGACCCUCAACAACACAGUCAUCGUUUUCGCCAACCAGCUACCUAAUUUGGAUCGACUCAGCCUUGAUCGAUGGUUUUUUUUUUCACACAAAACUUGGGUAUAA